UAAUGAGUAAUUGUCAGGUGUCGGGGCUCAGGAGGAACACGUGAAGGCAACAAAAGUUCAGUCUACAGAGAGUUGUGUUAUCUAUGGCCAUGGAGGAAAAACAGUGCAGUACGGACACCAGUUUUGCCCCAGACCCAGGAGGAGCAGGAACAACACAAGAUGCCCCAUGUGACCAAAGCCCAGAGAAAAUAAUCAGCAGACAGAUGACUGAACAGGGCCGCUUUGCAUAUGCUGCACUGUGUGGUGUCUCUCUGGGCCAGUUGUUUACUGGACCUGAAAACAGUGUAUUCAGGGAACAGUACCUGCAUGGCUUGGUCCGUUGGCUGGACCUGGAUGAGUCGGUGAUGCCGGUUAUGGGGGCUUUCCUGUCAGGCCUGGGCUUCGAGGGCUCCGACACCUUUCUCUCCAUCCUACAGGCUGAACCUCUGCUUGCUGCAGGGGCCACCCCCAUUGUGCAGGACCUGGUGUCUUUUUCUGUCAAAGAUGGCCAGUAUGACGCCAGAUCGAGGGUUCUCAUCCGUCAUGUCAGCUGCCUGCUACGAGUCUCUCCACAGCAGCUGGAGGAGUUUGAGGAAACUCUGGGAGAGAGACUGAGGGAGGCAGGAGAGGAGAGCGAAGAGGAGUCCUCCCGGAGGCUGAGGAGAGAAAGAGGGCGAAAGUUACGACGUUACCUUCUCAUUGGACUGGCCACUGUGGGCGGAGGAACUGUGAUUGGUGUGACAGGUGGGCUGGCAGCCCCUUUGGUGGCAGCGGGGGCUGGUGCUGUGCUGGGGGCUGGUGGGGCUGCUGCUCUGGGUUCAGCCACUGGCAUAGCAAUCAUGGCCUCCCUGUUUGGAGCAGCAGGGGCUGGACUGACUGGCUAUAAGAUGAAUAAGUGUGUUGGGGCCAUAGAGGAGUUUGAAUUCCUGCCACUAAGCUCUGGGAAGCAUCUUCACCUGACCAUUGCAGUGACAGGUUGGCUCUGCAGUGGUAAAUAUAGUUCGUUCCAGGCCCCGUGGUGCAGCCUGGGCGAGUGCGGGGAGCAGUAUUGCCUGGUGUGGGAGUCACGUUUCCUCAGGGAUCUGGGCUCGGCCAUGGCCUCUCUGUUGGAUGGGCUAGUCAGCAUGGUGGCCCAGGAAGCCCUCAAGUACACAGUGCUCUCAGGCAUCGUGACAGCUCUGACGUGGCCUGCGUCUUUGCUGGCAGCAGCCAGCGUCAUUGACAACCCCUGGUGUGUUUGUCUGAACCGCUCAGCUGAGGUGGGGAAACAUCUGGCGCAGGUUUUGAGAAGUAGACAACAGGGGAAACGCCCUGUCAGCCUCAUAGGUUUCAGUCUUGGGGCAAGAGUUAUCUACUACUGUCUUCAGGAGUUGGCCAAUGACCAAGGUAGUGAAGGAGUAGUGGAGGAUGUGGUCCUCCUGGGGGCCCCAGUGGACGGCUCUGAGAAAGCCUGGGAGAGAAUGGCCAGGGUAGUGGCUGGUAAAAUAGUAAAUGGAUACUGCAGAGGGGACUGGCUCCUAGGGUACUUGUACAGGAGUUCAGCAGCGCAGCUGUCUGUUGCUGGGCUACAACCAAUCAACAUCCAGGAUCAGCGCAUAAUCAAUGUGGAUCUUUCCUCUGUGGUGAAAGGUCACUUGGACUACAUGCGUCAGAUGGACACCAUCUUGGUAGCAGUAGGAGUUCCCACCAAAGAAGUCCCAGGAGCCUCCUUUGCUCUUCCUCAGCCUGUAACAGUUACAAAGGGGACAGUAGACAUCCCUGACCAAGCUCCCAGUGAGCAACAAGUGACUGAGACACUAAACCCAGCUGAGAAGGCUGACACUUGUACAGAAAACAAUGGAGAUAUGAAGGAGGUGGUCGAGGAGAUGGGUGAUGGUUGGGAUAUCCCUGAUAUUUCAGACCUGUUAGACUCUUUGAAUGACACAGAAACAGAGAAUCAAAUCGCAGUCAGGAACAAUUUACCAUUUACUUCUGAGGAGAAUAACAGUAAUGACGACACAGCAUCUGCUUGUAAUGCCCAGUGUGAUGGCGUAGAGGAGGCCGGCCCAGAUAAUGAACACAUAUCAUGGAGCUGGGAUGAUACACACUGGACUACAGAGCAUACACACAAACAAAGGCAGCCAAACUUGUAAAGAGCAUGUUACAGGACCAGCUGCUUCCUUGUAAAUUCUCAUCUUCUCAAGUUUUUCUCAGCAUCAAAGCUUUGUUGGAGAAAAUAUUCAUUCCAUUCGCGACACACUGACAUGCCAGAGACAGCACAAGAGUCAAUGCACACAUAUGGCAGCUUCAAGUGAAAAGCCCCACAAUGAACUGCUUUUUAACCACUAGAUUGAGUUUUUAGAUUUAAGUGUUAAUUCAAUAACAAUUUAGAGUUUUGAAACUGAAGUAGAUUUUUUACAAACUGUAAAUAGUGUCAUAAUUUAUAUUUCUAAACCGAAAUUAGAUACCCGUGAUUAUUACUUGUGUUUUGCAGGUUUUAGUGGAUGCCACAAAAUAGGUGAUAUCUCUGUUCCUUUCCUCACUCUAAUUUUCAUCCGUUGGUUUGGUUGCUAUGGAUAUUAUCACAGUAAUUUGAUUUCCAUAAGGCCAUGGGCAAUUCAGUGAAUGUAUCCUCUUCAAGGCCAUUUCUUUCUCUGCUCCACCUGUAACAAUGUGAAGCACUGUGUACUAUAGAGCUUCCACAGUGAGUUUAUGUUGGUUACAUUGUAUGCUGGCACUGACAACUGGAAAUAGCCUUCACCUUUGUUAUAGUGAUGCACCUAUAGUGGUUUUCUAACCACAUUUCAUAACUGGAAGGAACACACAGUUCAAGAUAAGGUUAUUAUUCUGUCUGUGUCCAUAGACAUUUUUCUGUGACUGUGAAAAAUGUAUUGUAAAGUGUUUAUCUUAGGCCUAAACCUUAUAACUCAUGGUGAGUAAAUCAUGAAUUGUCAUGAACUGAACUGAG